ACAAGGGAAGAGAAAUGAUGAAGAUGGUGGGGGAAUCUUAUUGAACACCAAUAAUUCCCUUCAUCACUUCUCAUCGGUUCGAGGAACAGUUGUGUGCUUGAUGGGGUUGAUAAGUUACACCACAAAGAAGAGCAAAGGAGUGAUCGAUUGCUUGUGUUGCACCAAAUCGGCCAACGAGGAGAACGCAGCAAAGGCCGAGGAAAGCAGAAGGAAGCAGAAGCCUCCGUCGGACGAGAACAAGAAGAAGACGUGGAGGAAGAGGAAGUGGAAGAGGUGGUGGAGGAAGAAGCAGCAGCAGCAGAAGAAAGCGAAUCAUCUCGCCUCGCUUGUCAGCACCAUGUCCUUCCGAUCUGAUAGUGGCAAGCAUAGGAAAGCAGUUGAGGAGAUCCUAUGCAUCGGCAGCGACAACAUCGCAGCUCAUGUGUACACCUUCCGUGAACUGGCAGCGGCAACCCAAAACUUCAAUUCGGAGAACCUACUGGGUGAAGGUGGAUUCGGGAGAGUGUACAAAGGCGAACUGAAGGACACCAAUGAAAUCGUCGCAGUCAAGCAGCUUGACAGAAAUGGAUUCCAGGGCAACCGUGAAUUCCUUGUCGAGGUCCUCAUGCUGAGUCUCCUGCAUCAUCCCAAUCUUGUCAAGCUGCUCGGCUACUGCGCCGAUGGCGAUCAAAGGAUCCUGGUCUACGAGUACAUGCCACUGGGCUCAUUGGAGGACCAUCUUCUAGAUGUAUCAGCAGAUGCGAAGCCACUGGAGUGGCACACAAGGAUGAAAAUUGCAGCUGGUGCAGCCAAAGGUCUUCAGUACCUGCACGAAACUGCAAACCCUCCGGUGAUCUACAGAGACUUCAAGGCAUCAAACAUACUUAUCGACGAAGACUACAACGCCAAGUUAUCGGAUUUUGGCCUUGCCAAGAUUGGUCCGGUCGGAGACAAGAAUCACGUAUCCACCAGGGUGAUGGGCACCUACGGCUACUGCGCUCCAGAGUAUGCAUUAACAGGCCAGCUGACAAAGAUGUCGGACGUGUACAGCUUCGGGGUCGUCUUCUUGGAGAUGGUCACCGGAAGGAGAGCCAUCGACACCACGAAACCGACACCCGAACAACACCUAGUUCACUGGGCAGAGCCUCUCUUCAAGGACAAGAGCAAGUUUGUGGCCAUGGCUGACCCAUUUCUUGAGGGGAAGUACCCCAUGAAGGGCCUUUACCAAGCUCUCGCUGUCGCUGCAAUGUGCCUCCAGGAAGAAGCCAGCAUACGGCCGCUCAUCAGCGACGUGGUGGUUGCUCUCGAGCACCUGGCCGAUCCGAAGAACGACGACAUCGAUCGAGCUGAACAAUCUGCACCAAUUUCCAGCUCCGAAGUAGCGCAAGAGACUGCAGGGGAGGGCAACAAGGAGGUAUUGGAUUCAACCAGUGAUCAGGAAAGCUAUUCCUUCUCGAGCAGGGAGAAGGAACUGAAUGAACUUGACGUGGUUUAGCACCGCAACGCAAGAACAAGAUGGAAUGGUGUGGAAUUUGAUGCGAACUGUUUACCUUAUUUGCUGGAUUGGGAGGCUUCGAAGGCCUACUUGUAUUAAUUCCAUGAGACAUGAAGGGUAGAACUAGGAUUAUGCACUGCAUUAUAGUUGUCUGAACAUGUUGUGCAUCUUUGUGUGCUGCAGCAUAUCCGGUGACAAAGGUGAAGUGUUUGCCACAAAGGGAUUGCCUUCGCAGUGUUCUUCAUCUGGAAAUGCUGCAGUAAUAUAUUUACUGUUCACAUAUCAU